AUGCCGCACUGCUGCUGCUGUGGGAGCUAUGCGCCUCAAGCGUUUCACUGCGCAUGUACAGGUGAAGACAGAGCCCUUCAUGUCUGUGCAGAGAAUGCCUGCCGCAUCAGAGGCUGUCCUUAUUGCGGAAGAUAUGUGCCAGACGGUGAAAUCUUCACUGAAUCAAGCCGACCAACCGGUGCAAGCACGGAAGAACCGAGUACUUCGAUCACGGAAGCAGAUUCACUAGGCCUGCCGCAGGCAGAGAACAAGUACUUGAUCCUGCUUGAUCUCCAGCACACUCUUCUGCGGUACAGCGGGUCAAAAACUGACAUUCGAAAGGACACCCACAUUCGACCGUUUGCCAAAGAGUUGGUUCAGUUUCUUCUCGAGAAGCAAGAUGAAGGCCUUUGUCAGCUUGGCUUCCGCAGCACUAAGGCAGCCUGGAAUGCCGUAGCUCUCUUGGAGGAGUUUCUGGGGUCAGCGACAUCCAUGGACUGGGUAGCCGACGGUGCCCAGAGGCACCGAACUUUGCAGGACACGACCACUCCCGGCAGAAGCGUUUGGCUCGUCCACGGUGACCUAAGUCGCCAGAACCCCUCGGCUCUCCAUGACAGGUCGCAGACGCCCAUGCAAAUCUUGAAUUUGGAAACUGUAAUCUAUGAGUUCGAAGACAUCACAGAUGGUGCGAGAUUCUUAAGGGCUUCAGUAGUCUUUGUCACAUGCGACGGAACUGCCCCCGGCACACAUGUCGAUGAAGCUAGUGCAAGCAAUUUACUGAGAGUCGACGGUUGGAAGUGGCAAAGUGAAGAUCGGGAGCUUGAGCGCUUGCGAAUCUACUUUCUCGAUUUCUUCCAGCGAAGUCCUUCCGAUGCCAGCGAGUACUUGAAGGCGCAUGUGUUUGAUGAUAGAUAUCCGAGUCAGUCCCACGAGAAGCGGGCCUGGUGCUGUGAGCACGAGGGGAUCGCCUGUGAGGAAGAUUUCCACUGUAGCGUGGCGCUCCAGAACUACAAGCUAGCGUGGUCCCUGGACAAGAAGAAGUACUGCUGCAAGCACGUCGGCAUUGGCUGUGAGGGCCUUCCGGAUCAGCUGGUGCUGACAACGCGAGCUCCCCAAGUGGAUCCAGGCAACCUCCUGGCAAAAGCUCCUGUGGCAGAUUGGCCGGAAGACGAAGGCGAAGAUCAGGUUGAGCCAGAGGAGGAUCUCCUGAUGCCCUGUGACGACAUCUCGCGCCGAGGGCUGUACGUUGGGACGGUGAGGCGAAGCGAGGGGCAAGCCUGCUGGGAGAUCUGCGUGAAGGACAGUUGGCGCAUGUGGCUCUCCCAGUGGCUCGCGCUGGCCCUGCUCGUGGUGCUGUGGCUGUCCCGGGGUCUCCCGGAGCCCUACUGGGAGAAUUGUCCAGGGCCCCCGUUGUUUCUAUGCCGACGAACCCGGCGUGCCUAUGCCAACGAACCGUUGUGCUUAAGUCAAGAGGCGUGCCCAUGCCGACCAACCGUUGUGCCUAUGCCGACGAACGGGCGUGCCUAUGCCGACUAA